AUGCCACCAAAUUCUAUGGAACCUACUAUGGCACCUGAGCCAGUAACAGUUACACAAAGUGUAAAAAGUGCGGACCAAACGGCGGUACCGCACGGAACUAAUUACAAUUUGUAUAUUUUUCAAUCAACGUUAAACUUGCUAGCUCACGUGUUAAUUGGUGUCGUCGUUGGUAUUUGUCUAUUGUUUUCCUUAAGAGGUGGUUUACCACUGGGAGCAACCUCUACACAUAUAAUUUUGUGUGUUUUAGGGUACCAGCUGCUUAUGGGCCAAGCUAUUCUUAGUCUAGCACGUGAAAACGGGUGGUCUGCGAAACUAAGACUCAGUGAUAAACGUCGUGCACACUGGAUUCUACAAAUAAUGGGAUCAGCUCUAGCCCUGGCCGGGAGUUUUGUUAAAAUUCUGGACAAAAAAGUGCACUGGAAUUCUUACCAUGGACAGUUUGCGUUGGUAGCAAUAGUCUUCACGGUUGCCAGUCUCAUCAAUGGCCUGACUUCACUCUACGCUUAUGAAUUUCGACGGAUGUUUAACGGAAACAUUUCCAAGCUAACACAUGUAUGCUUUGGAAUUGUAUGCUUUACCACAGCUUCAAUCUCUCUGUGUUAUGGUUUUGAUAAGAAUUUCUUUAGAAAUUGGGCAUCAAACGAAUUUGCGAAUGCCCUCAUUGCAUUUACAGGUGCAUUUACAACCAUUAUUAUAAUAAACCCAUUCAUUACUUUUUGCACAAAAGCAUCAAAUGCAAUCAGAAAAUAA